AAGAUAACUAAUUAGACUGCGCUUGUUUGUGUUUCUUCACUGCUGUAAUUACCUUCUACUUCAUCCUGGGACAGGAAAUAAUUAGAGAAUAAGCAUGGGAAGAGGAGAAAUCAUCAUUCUUUUUCUGUCUUUACUGUUUGACUCUGCAUUGACACAAGGCACAUGUGAAAAUCAGCCUGAUUGCCUGAAAGAGAACCAAUAUGUUUUUGGUAAAGAUGUAACAGAAAUUCCACCCAGUCUGAGAGAAGGUGUGACAGAGGUUUUCUUUUUGGAAAGCAGCAUCACAACAAUCUCCAAAGGAGCCUUUGCUAGCAACCCCCAGCUAGAGAAGGUGGAAUUCAUGAACACUAAAACAGAAAAUAUUGAACCAGGAGCUUUUGAAGGUUUGGUAGACAUCAAGAAUAUCGAGAUCUCCAACAAUCCAUUAACUUCAAUCCCAGUGGGAGUCUUUAAAGACCUCAGCAACCUGGAGAAACUUCUACUAAAGCUCAACAAGAUCCGUAGUCUGGAGAAAGGCCUGUUUGAUGGUCUUAAAAAAUUAAAAGAGCUCCAGUUACAUAUAAACGAGAUCGUCUCAAUUGAAGAUGGGACAUUUGAUGGUCUUGAGAGUCUUACGAGCCUCCAUUUAGGUAAAAACAAUCUCUCAGAUGUGCCCGUUAAUUUGUUCUCGGACCUUAACAAACUGGUCAUACUAAGGCUUUACGACAAUCAUCUAACCUCAAUUCCUGAGGAACUUUUUCAUAAUUUGCCAAACUUGAAAGAAAUUGGCUUGAGCGGGAACAAAAUAAGAGAAUUAUCACCAAAUCUAUUUCCACAUAAAGAAAAACUGAAUAAGCUGCUGUUGGACAAUAACCUUCUGACGAGUUUACCUCAAGAUUUUUUUGUUGGCUUCCCACAGCUUAAAACGCUCACUCUACAUAAAAAUGAACUGAGUAGUCUUCCGCUUUUUGGAGAAAUGCCUAAACUGACUGAAUUCAGCCUUAGUCAAAACAAUCUUAAGAGUCUUCCUGAAGGCAUAUUCCGCCAUCUGAAGAAACUGAAGAAGCUAGACCUUUCUAAAAAUCAGUUAGCCACUUUGUCUGCUGAACACUUGGAAGGCCCAGAGAAACUCACAGAACUGAAUCUCCUGAACAACACAAUAAUGGCACUGGAUGAAGAUGUGUUUGUAAAUCAGAAAUCACUUGCGACAGUCAAUCUACGUCACAACAACCUCCAGACACUUCCCGGGGAUAUUUUUGAGCCAUUAGAGAAACUCAAAAAGCUUUACCUCAGUGACAACCCUUGGCACUGUGACUGUAAUCUGAUAGACUUUCACCGCUGGAUAAUGGCAAACUUACCCAAGAUUGAAAAAGAUUCUCCUGUGGUUUGUGAGUAUCCAGACAACCUAAAAGGACAGGAAAUCAAAUCAGUGAUGGAGGAUCAAUUGAUUUGUCCCACCAUUGCCCCGACAACUCUACCUCCCACAACCACUACACCUCUCACAACCACUACACCUCUCACAACCACCACAGCCACCACUGCACCUCCCACAACCACCACACCCACCACUACACUUCCAACUACAGAACAAUCCACCAUUAUGCUUACUACCAUAACACCAACAACCCCUACUCUGCCAACAACCACACCCACAACAACUGUAGCUACCACACACACAACCAUUUUAACAACGUCACCUACCACCGCUGUAAGAACUGCACCAAUGACCACAAUAGCAACAACUGCACCCACAACCAGUAUAACAACAGCUACAUCUGCAACAAUUAGAAGCACAACUACACCCACAGCAAUGACCACAGAGACACCCACAACCACCACUCUCAGGACUACCCAACCCACCACAGCCUGCAGAACGACUACUCCACAGACCACUCCAGUGAUCUUCGCCUGUCCCAUUAAGCCAUCCACUAAGGCACUGUCAUCUGCUUUUACAUAUCAGGACAGAUCAAAACUUCAGCAAUGCAAAUCUCAGAUGAUGUUCUACACUGCACUGCUGGUGGUGCAGAUCACCUGCACACUGGUGUUGGCAAAGGUUGCAAUUUCUCUUUACUGCCUGAUGCAGAGCCGGGAGAGGUUGUCCAACAGGGUGAAACUCACUCGCUUCUCCCACAGGAGAGAGGUUGUCCUUAGGCCUCUACAAGAAACAGAGACCCAAAGACUUUAA